AUGGAACAGUAUUGGGGGGAUUUUUGGGAGGGCAAAUGGUGGAAGAGGCCGCAGGGUGGGAUCGCAGACGACGGCGACUGGCCAAAAAGGGGCCAUGCUCGCGCACAGGGACCCUUGGAGAUGGUGUGGGGCAGUAGUUGCAGCGUAGCGCUUCUGCUUUGGCGCCAUUUCCCGUUUGGGCGCUUGGAGAUGGUUCGCCCCAGCAACCCCGGGGCCACUGAUAUUGGAACCAAUGGAUCGAUCUGA